AUGGACGACUUCUUCCUCAUCACUGCCGCCAGCUCGACGGAUACCGUCGACUCCUUCUCCCUCGACGACCCCCACUCUGACAUUUCGUCUCCGUCUCCCGAGCUCUCCCCUCGAGACCGCUCUAUCCUCCUCGCCCACCUCACCUCAUCUGCUCCUGUCAAUGAGGACCGGAUAGAGGGCUACAACACCUACUGCGUUAUCGCAUGA